AAGAUUAGACUUCCUUUCUUGCCUCCGACCUUCAUCUCCUUCAAUGCAUCCUCUUGACAAAGAUGCUCUAAUAGAUGUUAUCAUAGACCCGAGACCUGAAAAUGCUGAGAACAUUUUGUCGGAAAUUGGUCUCGCUUCGUUACCGUCUCGCGAGCAAGUGCACGCGGAGAUAGAAACUGAACUUCUCCUACCGAAGUCAAGUCUACCGUCACACUGGCUACCAACGUAUCAAAUACAUUGGGAACACGAUCUGUCAAUACCGUCACUGAUAACAUUCGAGCCUUCACCUCCGCCGACUACUCUUGGGUUCGUCAGGUCAGGAUUGCAUGGCCGUGUCACUGGUUACACCGAGAUAUCCAAUCCGAAAUUGAGGACAGGUCUCACUUCAACCUCUCUUGAGCGCGCACCUGGACCCAGUGACAACUUCGUGAGAGGUAAAUCAGGAUAUGUACCUUUUUGGCCUGGAGGAAUGGAAGAUGUCUCCAAGGAGUCCGCCGCCGUUCUCGAUUUAAGUGAAGCCUCUGAGGGUUUGAAGUCAAUACCUCCUGGCUUCAGCCGAGGUCUGCGCCUUCCUGGCGAUGAAUUAGAGGACAGCAUUUUGUCAACACUCAAGCUUCCCUCAACAAAGCAACAGGGUUAUAUUGUGAAUGGUGAGGCUGAGAUUGCAGAUGAGGGGAUCGAACCAGAGGUCCCACUCACUGUCGAGGACGCCACAUUUGAUAUCGACAGUUUACUACCGACAACAACUGCGCGUUUGAAUCCCAUAGCCUCUGCUCAACGUCCUUUCCGAAAAACAAAUAUCCAAAAGCGUGACUGGGUCCAUGUGGUGGAUAUCAAUAAACCAAUGACAAAUUUCCAUGAACUAGUGCCUGAAAUGGCUCACAAGUACCCGUUCGAACUAGAUACCUUCCAAAAGGAGGCUGUGUAUCACUUGGAAAUGGGAGAUUCCGUGUUUGUUGCAGCUCAUACAUCCGCAGGCAAGACUGUAGUGGCAGAAUAUGCGAUCGCGCUGGCUGCGAAACAUAUGACUCGCGCCAUCUAUACAUCUCCGAUUAAGGCGCUGUCCAACCAAAAGUAUCGCGACUUCAAGCAGACGUUUAGUUCUGCUUCGGUUGGUAUCUUGACCGGCGAUGUGCAGAUUAAUCCCGAGGCAAACUGUUUGAUAAUGACUACAGAAAUCCUGAGAAGUAUGCUCUAUAAGGGCGCUGAUCUCAUUCGAGACGUGGAAUUCGUGAUCUUCGACGAGGUUCACUAUGUGAAUGAUGCAGAGCGAGGAGUGGUCUGGGAAGAAGUCAUUAUCAUGCUUCCCGACCACGUAAACAUCAUCCUGCUAUCUGCGACGGUACCGAAUACCAAAGAGUUCGCCGAUUGGGUUGGCCGAACGAAGAAAAAGGACAUAUAUGUUAUUUCGACGGCUAAGCGCCCGGUACCUCUGGAGCACUAUUUGUAUGCCGGACGUGACUUGCACAAGGUCGUGGAUGCAAAUAGACAAUUUCUCUCAAAAGGCUACAAGGAGGCAGGAGAGGCACUGCGUCGGAAACAAGACAAGGAACGGGAAGCUGCGGGUCUUCCACCUGUGCAAAAAUUGGGUGCGCGCGCAGCUGCGCCUCAACGAGGUGGGCAACGAGGAGGCCCGCCGGGUCGUGGGGGUCAGUCAGGGCGCGGAGGUGGCAGGGGUGGUGUGCCUUCCCGAGGGUCAGCUCCCACAGGGCGUGGCGGUUCGUCAAGGACAUUUCAUCAACCCGACAAGAAUCUCUAUGUUCAUCUUCUCGGGCAUCUUCGCAAGAAGGCAUUGUUACCUGUGGUCGUCUUUACCUUCUCAAAGAAACGCUGUGAAGAAAAUGCAGGCACAUUGACUAAUGCGGAUUUGUGUACCUCGGUGGAGAAGAGCGAGAUUCAUGUUGCCAUUGAGAAAGCACUGUCUCGCCUCAAAGAUGCCGAUAGACGACUACCGCAGAUUCGCCGCAUGCGAGACCUCCUAUCUCGUGGUAUUGGGGUCCAUCAUGGUGGCUUACUACCGAUUGUUAAGGAGGUGGUGGAGAUCCUAUUUGCCCGAGGACUCGUCAAGAUUCUGUUCGCUACUGAGACAUUUGCCAUGGGAGUGAAUAUGCCUGCAAAAUCUGUUGUAUUCUCGCAUAUCCGAAAACAUGAUGGACGUGGCUUCCGGGACAUUCUUCCUGGAGAAUACACGCAGAUGGCCGGACGCGCUGGGAGACGUGGUCUGGAUCCGACAGGAACAGUCAUCAUUGUCGCCAGUGAUGACCUCCCGGAGCAAACCACACUUCAUAACAUAAUCCUCGGUACUCCGUCAAAGUUACAGUCACAAUUCCGCUUAACAUACAACAUGAUUCUGAACCUACUGCGUGUGGAGGCUUUGCGAGUCGAAGAGAUGAUCAAACGCAGCUUUUCUGAAAAUGCAUCUCAGCGGCUACUACCUGAUCAACAAAAGAAGGUGAUUGAGGGAGAGAAUAUACUUGCGACACUGCCUAAACUGGAAUGUGACAUUUGCGCACCUGACAUCGACCAAUUCUAUGAUGAUGAGUAUGAGAUCGUGGAACACAACAGUCGACUCAUUACUCUAGCCUCCAAUCAUCCUCAAGGGGUCAAGCUCCUCUCACCUGGAAGAGUGAUUAUUCUUAGAGAUGGGCAUUUCAAAUGGAAUAUCGGCGUUCUCCUCAAACAGUCUGUAUUUGCUUCCAGUCAAAUCGGUGGCCGGGAUAAGGUCAAACUGUAUGAUGUCCUUGCACUGGUUACACGAGAAACCAAAAGCGGAAAGCACGAUGUCGACGGACAGGCCGUGCCUCCCCGGUGGCCUGCUCGACCUUCCGACAUAGAUGGUACUGGCGAUGUGUAUGAUCUGCGCAGCGUUUCCACGAACAGCAUUGCGAUGGUGACUACCCGCAGCCUGAAGCUGGAUAUCAAUAUGAUCGUACACGGCCAUCGCAUAUCCCAUAUGAACAAGGCUAUCCGGAUGCUUCGGGAAAUCUUACAGGAAUGGAAGACCGCUGGCGACAGAAUACCGGAGGUUGAUUGGAGCAGUCGCAUGCGUUCUUUGGAAUUCCAAGAGACUCUCCGCGCUAGAAACGAGUUGGUAUCAAGAUUGCCACGUUAUGCAUGCAUACUUUGUAGCGACUUCGAACGACACUAUGCAAUGCUUAACGGCGAAAAGGUCCUGCGAGCGAAUGUCGCCCAACUGAAGUUGGCCAUCUCGGAUCAGAAUCUAGAGUUGAUCCCGGACUACGAGCAGCGGAUCGAGGUUCUCAAGGAGCUCAAGUUCAUUGAUGACAAUUCGACUGUACUUCUGAAGGGUCGGGUUGCUUGCGAAAUAAAUUCUGCGAAUGAACUUGUCCUCACCGAGCUUAUUCUGGAGAACACCUUGGCAGCCUACGAACCCGAGGAGGUAGUCGCACUCUUGUCGUGCUUCGUUUUCCAGGAGAAGACAGAUGUGGAACCCGUCAUACCCCCAAAGCUUCAGGAAGGCCGAGAUGCCAUUACGGCUAUCGCCUCACGCGUCGAGCGUGUCCAGGAGCAAAACAAAGUCCCGAUCGAAGAGUUCCGUGCUCUGAAAUUCGGGCUAGUGGAGGUAGUGUAUGAGUGGGCGAAGGGCAUGCCAUUCGAACAAAUUACCGACCUCACUGAUGUUGCAGAAGGUACCAUCGUCCGAGUAAUCACCCGCUUGGAUGAAACAUGUCGAGAGGUCAGAGACGCAGCCCGUGUCAUUGGCGAUGCCGAGCUGUUCAAGAAAAUGGAAGAGGCCCAAAUCAAGAUUAAGCGAGACAUUGUGUUCGCAGCAAGUCUGUAUUUCUAGACAUGGAUUCACAUAUGCACAUCUGCUGUGUCAUCGCAGCAACAUUGUCACCUGUAGCUCAAGAACAUGUAAUAAUUGCACAGAUCACACGGCGGAACGCAAGGAUUUUAUCCUCAUGAGCCCAAGAUUAUAUAUGUACGAAACCAAUACAGAUGAGCAGUAAGCUGGGAAAAAUAGGAAGAACCUCAACAUGAACCUCCUUCGUCUGCUUUUGCCUAAGAACCUCGCGAUUACUUCCGCUUCUUGACAGGGGUAUCGGCCUUC